ACAGCCCUCCAGAGAGUCCAAAAGUCAACAUCCUGCGUGGAGUUUUUCUCGCUUCUGCAGGGGAUGAAAACGAGGUCGAUGCUGUCAAACUGAAACUCAUGUUGGAUCAUCUUUUCCCCCACGUCGAAUUCUCUCUGGAUUUGUCUCGAAGUCUCCUGGCCAUGAUGGACGGCGAUCUCUCAGGAAAAGUUAGUUACUUCGAGUUCGAGAAACUGAUCCACUCUCUCCGGCGGUGGGUGAGAGUGUACAACGAGAGUAAGGACGAGGAGAGCGGCCUGCUGUCGGGUCACUCUUGGGGCCUCGGCGACGCGCUCAGGGACCUCGGCCUCCAGAUCCCGCGCCGCAUCCGGGCCCUCGUGGUGGUGCGCUACGGCGACCAGCAGGGCCACAUCGCCCUCAGGGACUUCCUCAUGGCCACCUGCAGGAUCUCCGUCAUGUUGGGUUAG